GGGAGGGGAGGAGGAGGCGGCUGGUGCCCGGUCCAAGAUGGCGGUGCAGGAGUCAGCUGCUCAGCUCUCAAUGACUUUGAAGGUGCAGGAGUACCCCACUCUCAAGGUGCCAUAUGAAACACUGAACAAACGGUUUCGAGCUGCACAGAAAAACAUUGACCGAGAGACGAGCCACGUAACGAUGGUGGUUGCAGAGCUGGAAAAGACGCUGAGCAGUUGUCCUGCUGUGGAUUCAGUUGUUAGUCUCCUGGAUGGAGUAGUAGAAAAACUCAGCGUUCUGAAAAGAAAGGCAGUUGAAUCAAUCCAGGCUGAAGAUGAGAGUGCAAAACUCUGCAAACGUAGGAUUGAACAUCUGAAAGAACAUAGUAGUGACCAGCCAGCUGCUGCAAACAUGUGGAAGAAGAAACGCAUGGAUCGUAUGAUGGUGGAACAUCUCCUACGCUGUGGCUACUACAAUACAGCUGUAAAACUAGCCAGGCAAAGUGGUAUUGAGGACCUGGUAAACAUAGAGAUGUUUUUGACUGCUAAAGAAGUGGAAGAAUCAUUGGAAAGGCAAGAGACUAUGACUUGCUUGGCUUGGUGUCAUGAUAACAAAUCCAGGCUCAGGAAAAUGAAGGGGCGCCAAAAUGAGAAUGAACCGAAGAUGGGACGCAAAAGUAAAUCGGCCAGUGAUUACUCUAAAGAAAAUGAUGAUCUUGUUAUGGAAACGAUUAAAGGAAAACCAGAAUUGAGCUGUCUGGAGUUCAGCCUAAGGAUUCAGGAGUUCAUUGAACUCAUUCGACAGAACAAGAGACUGGAUGCUGUGAGACAUGCAAGAAAGCAUUUCAGUCAGGCUGAGGGAAGCCAGCUGGAUGAGGUUCGACAAGUGAUGGGAAUGUUGGCUUUUCCUUCAGACACUCAUAUCUCCCCCUAUAAGGAUCUCUUGGACCCUGCUCGAUGGAGAAUGCUGAUCCAACAGUUUAGAUAUGAUAACUACAGACUACAUCAGCUGGGAAACAAUUCUGUUUUUACUAUAACCCUCCAGGCAGGCCUUUCAGCUAUAAAAACACCACAGUGUUAUAAAGAGGAUGGGAGUUCAAAAAACCCAGACUGCCCUGUGUGUAGCAAAUCCCUGAACAAGCUGGCUCAGCCUCUGCCUAUGGCACAUUGUGCCAACUCCCGACUAGUCUGCAAGAUUUCAGGGGAUGUAAUGAACGAAAAUAAUCCUCCCAUGAUGUUACCAAAUGGAUAUGUCUAUGGAUACAAUUCUCUGCUUUCUAUUCGUCAAGAUGACAAAGUAAUUUGCCCAAGAACCAAAGAAGUCUUCAACUUCUCACAAGCUGAGAAAGUCUACAUCAUGUAGGUCCAUAAUACACAUGAUGAAGUGCCGCUGGAAUUUUGACACAGUGUAUAUUGGCAUACCCUGUAAAGGGGGGGGCCUUAAUGUGUGGCAAAGAAGCAAAAUCUGCCACCUUGGGGAUCAGACCUGUCGGUGGCAUUAUUGUUUCUUGCGACCAAAGAUCAAUGAGCAACAAUAAACACUCUUAAAGAGAGGAA